CGAACCUACACAUCACUAGUUGGUGCUCGGUAUGAAACACCGGCCGAACCAGCGACACCAACCUGUUGAUACCAAAACCCACCAGUCCUUCUUUUACUGUUAAAAGCUGGAAAUGAGAGCCGUCCUAGCAUGGAAAGAAACUAUUCGUGAACAAUGUGUUUAUGACCUUGCUUUCAAGCCAGAUGGCACCCAACUCAUCAUUGCCGCAGGGCUUCGUGUCCUGGUUUAUGAUGUAGCAGAUGGAGCUAUUAUCCAGCCUUUAAAAGGACACAAAGACAUUGUGUACUGUGUGGCCUAUGCUAAAGAUGGUAAAAGGUUUGCCUCAGGGUCAGCAGACAAAAGCAUAAUCAUCUGGACGUCUAAAUUGGAGGGUAUUUUGAAAUAUACUCACAAUGACUCUAUCCAGUGUGUUGCCUACAACCCUGUCACUCACCAACUUGCCUCCUGCUCUUCUGGAGACUUUGGUCUGUGGUCCCCGGAGCAAAAAUCUGUGAACAAACAUAAAGUGAGCAGCAAAAUAACAUGUUGUGGGUGGACAAACGAUGGCCAGUACCUUGCCCUUGGCAUGAUGAAUGGAGUGGUGAGCAUUCGGAACAAGAAUGGCGAGGAGAAGGUCAAGAUAGAGCGUCCAGGAGGCUCCUCUUCUCCUAUCUGGUCCAUAGCCUGGAACCCCUCUAACAGGUGGCAGUGGUCAACCGGGGAGUGUUUCUGUGAGAGAGAGGAUUAUGAAUCUUCUGAGCAGCUGUCCAUGUUUUUGAUGCCCCCCUCCAGCCAAAGCCAGAAGCACAGCUGUAGCCAUGACAGAGGACUACUGAACAGGGAUGAGCACAAUGACAUUCUGGCUGUGGCAGACUGGGGUCAGAAGCUGUCCUUUUAUCAGCUCAGUGGAAAGCAGAUUGGAAAAGACAGGGCUCUCACCUAUGACCCGUGUUGCGUCAGCUACUUCUCCAAGGGCGAGUAUAUAGUCAUGGGGGGCUCUGAUAAACAGGCCUCCCUCUACACUAAAGACGGCGUGCGGCUCGGCACCAUUGGAGAGCAGAAUGCCUGGGUGUGGACAUGCCGGGUAAAGCCUGACUCCAACUUUGUGGUGUUGGGCUGCCAGGAUGGGACCAUCGCCUGCUACCAACUUAUCUUCAGUACAGUUCACGGCCUCUACAAGGAUCGCUAUGCUUAUAGAGACAGCAUGACCGAUGUCAUUGUCCAGCACCUCAUCACUGAACAAAAAGUGAGGAUAAAGUGCCGCGAGCUGGUGAAGAAGAUCGCCAUCUACAGAAACCGCCUUGCUAUCCAGCUGCCCGAGAAGAUCCUCAUCUAUGAGCUUUAUUCAGAUGACUCCUCAGACAUGCACUACCGGAUCAAGGAGAAAAUUUGCAGAAAGUUUGAAUGCAACUUGCUGGUGGUCUGCUCCCAGCAUAUCAUCCUGUGUCAGGAGAAGAGGCUCCAGUGCCUGUCCUUCACCAGUGUCAGGGAAAAAGAAUGGGUGAUGGAGUCUCUAAUUCGCUACAUCAAAGUGAUUGGUGGUCCGCCAGGCAGAGAGGGCCUGCUAGUCGGGUUAAAGAAUGGAGCUAUCCUGAAGAUAUUUGUUGACAACCUGUUUCCCAUCACGCUGCUGAAGCUGUCAACCUCAGUGCGCUGCCUAGACAUGAGCGCCUCCCGCAAUAAACUGGCUGUGGUGGAUGAGCACAACACUCUCCUGGUCUAUGACAUCAACAGUAAAGAGCUGCUUUUUCAGGAGCCUAAUGCUAACAGCGUGGCCUGGAACACCCAGUGUGAGGACAUGCUGUGCUUCUCUGGCAACGGCUACCUCAACAUCAAGGCUAGCAACUUUCCUGUACACCAGCAGAAGAUGCAAGGCUUUAUGGUCGGCUACAACGGCUCUAAGAUCUUCUGUCUCCACGUCUAUUCUAUGUCAGCUGUGGAGGUGCCCCAGUCAGCACCCAUGUACCAGUACCUGGAGAGGAAGAUGUUCAAGGAGGCCUACCAGAUUGCCUGUCUAGGUGUGACUGACAGUGACUGGAGGGAUUUAGCCACAGAGGCCCUGGAGGGACUUGACUUUGACACCGCCAAGAAGGCCUUCAUUAGAAUCAGAGACCUGCGCUACCUGGAGCUCAUCAAUAGCAUCGAGGAGAGGAAGAAGCGGGGUGAGAACGACAAUGAGCUGUUCCUGGCAGACGUCUAUGCCUACCAGGGGAAAUUCCACGAGGCAGCCAAGCUUUACAAACGUACCGGCCACGAAUCCAGAGCCCUGAGCAUGUACACUGACCUGCGCAUGUUUGAGUAUGCUAAGGAUUUUGUCGGAGCGACAGACCCCAAGAGCACUCGGAUCCUGAUGACCAAGCAGGCAGACUGGGCUAAGAGCAGCAAGGAGCCCCGGGCAGCAGCGGAGAUGUACCUGUCAGCAGGAGAACAUCUCAAAGCCAUAGACAUUAUAGGGGAACACGCCUGGGAAGACAUGCUGAUCGACAUCGCUCGCAAGUUGGACAAGGCUGAACGCGAACCGCUGGCAAAGUGUGCGCUCUACUUCAAAAGGCUGAAGCACCACGGCUAUGCCUCAGAGACUUAUUCCAAGAUGGGGGACCUGCAGGCCCUAGUGCAGCUGCAUGUGGAAACCCGGCACUGGGAAGAGGCCUUCUCACUGGUAGAGAAGCACCCCCAGUUCAAAAAUGACGUCUAUGUGCCUUAUGCGCAGUGGUUGGCAGAAAAUGACCGCUUUGAGGAAGCUCAAAAAGCAUUUCACAAGGCAGGGCGACAGAACGAAGCCGUUAAAGUCCUCGAGCAGCUUACCCACAAUGCAGUGGUGGAGAACAGGUUCAACGAUGCAGGGUACUAUUACUGGAUGCUGUCUAUGCAGUGUCUGGACAUCGCUAGAGAAAGUGAAGACCAGAGGGAUGAAAUGCUGAAGAAAUUUGAGCGUUUCCAGCAUCUUGCUGAGCUCUACCAUGUCUAUCGCUCCAUUCAGCGCUACACGGAUGAGCCCUUCAGUUCCCACAUGCCAGAGACGCUCUUCAACAUCUGCAGGUUCCUUCUGAACAACCUCACCAAGGACAUACCGCCAGGCAUUUCUAAAGUUAACACCUUGUAUGCGUUGGCCAAGGAGAGUCAAAGACUGGGUGCACACAAGCUUGCCAGGUAUUCCUACGAGAAACUCCAGGAUCUGCACAUUCCCUCUCGCUUCCAGGAGUCCAUAGAACUGGGCAGCCUCACCAUUCGCUCCAAACCGUUUCAAGACAGCGAGGACCUGAUUGAGGGCAUGAUGUGCUACCGCUGCUCCACCCACAACCCCCUGCUGAACAACCAGGGGAGCGUGUGCAUCAACUGCAGGCAGCCUUUCAUCUACUCAGCUUCCUCAUAUGAGGUGUUGCCUCUGGUGCAGUUCUACCUGGAGGAGGGCAUCAGUGAUGAAGAGGCUGUGUCUCUGAUUGACCUAGAAGUUCCUCACACGGAUCAGAGGGAUGCACGCUGGCAGGAUAUGGACAACGGUGAGCUGCAGGCUUUGAGGAUGGAUGAUGGUUUGGAUGAUGCAGAGGAAGACCCAUUUACAGCCAAAAUGAGCUUUGAGCAGGGAGGCUCGACCUUUGUCCCCGUCAAGGUGAGUCGCUCAGUGCUGCGCUCCAUGAGCAGGAGGGACGUCCUGAUAAAACGCUGGCCCAGGCCGCUCAAAUGGGAAUACUUCCGCUCCCUGCUGCCUGAUGUGAGCAUCACCAUGUGCCCCACCUGCUUCAAGAUGUUUCACAGUGAAGAUUAUGAGCUCCUGGUGCUUCAGCACAACUGCUGUCCUUAUUGUCGCAGACCCAUCGAUGAACCAAACUGAUCUACUUAAAACUAGCAGCUAUUUAAGACAUUCACAAUUUUGUACCUUGAAGCUGACCUUUUUUUCCUUUUUCUAUCGUGCAGUUGAUUAUUCUUUUGCAUUGUAAUAUAGUUGUCAACUUGUCACUGUAAUAUAUAUCUGUUUAUCUUCCAGUUAACGUGUUGCAUGUUAUUCCUCGAGUUCCCUCUCUAGAGCAGCUCUUUGCCCUCGAGGGAUGAGUGACUGAAGUAAUACCUGUAGUAUCUGUGUGUUGGUCAUUAUGGAGUGUCAGAAAAGUGCACCAUCAGCCAAUCAACCCAAUUGGAUUAUUAGGAUCAGAUUACCUUAAUCUGCCACUGAUUACAUCAACACUUUAAAGGGAACAUGGGUGUAUAGUAUAAUAAAAAUAUCGCUGUAAAAACAAAUUUAUUUAAAAAACACUAUUUUAACUUAAUAGAUAACAUCUAUGUGUUGUGUAGAAGACAAGAUGCCAUCAAAUGCAUUCCACAGAUUUAUAUGCUGUAGCGCUACUGUAUGUUUUAUAACAGUAUGGGACAUGUCAUCUGUUGUGUAGUCAUGAGAAUGUAUUUUUAUAUUGUUACAAAGGAAAAAAAAAAACUUUUCAUUAAAGUAUUUUGGUACUAUUUAUUAUAGUGGGUUUUCUUAAUGAUACAAAUAAAGUAAUAUUAACUU